AUGGACGGCGAAGAGCCAACGCAGGCGACGCAAAACGUCCUUGACCCGCGCAGGGUGGGCAAGCAGAACUCGGGCUUUUCCGACGAAGACAUCUCGGACAUUGUCUGCGUGCUGUAUCCGCACUCGGAGUGCGCCCGCAACGAGGUCCAGCAGCUGGCCAGGAUUGGGUCGCCCUUCAUCAUCGGCAAGGACGAGGCCGACGGCGUCGAGCCUGACUACGAACUCGAGGACCACCCGAGCCGUUUCGAGUCCGACCCGACGAAUCAUGGCAACUACGCCAUCCUGCUGCGGCUGUCGAGCCAAGCCAAGAACCCUGCGAACGGCUUCGUCUUUGGGAGGAACAAUGCUAGGUGCGACGUCGUCUUCGUCAAUGACCCGUUGCGCAGGAUCAGCAACAUCCAUUUCCGCAUAUACGUAAACGAAUACGGCAUCGUCAUGAUCGAAGACAAGUCCACCAAUGGCACCUUUGUCGACGACAACCUCCUCACUUCUCGCCCCAAGGAGCUGGGCAAGCCACCCAUUACGAGGUGGACGUUGAGCUCGGGGUCCAUCAUCUGCAUCUAUCUCCAUAAUCAUAUGAACGAUCUAUCCUUUCGAGUCCGAAUCCCGCGCCGCGACGGUGAAUAUGAGAGGGCAUAUGCGCGCCAGGUCGAGGAGUACUUUGCUCGCCACGCCUUGCAGACAGCUCAGCAACAGCAGGCUACGCCGCGGCGCCUGGAGCGCGUGCCGUCUGAUCAGCGUUCUCCUUCAAAGCCCAAAGAUACCCGAGCCGUGCGACGAGAGUGGACCGGAUCCGGCAAAUACAACAGGAUAGGCAUGAUUGGCAAGGGAGCCUUUGCGGUCGUUUACAAAGUCACAUCUAAGUAUGACGGAAAGCCAUACGCUGCCAAGGAGCUCGAGAAACGCCGCUUCAUUAAGAAUGGAGUGCUGGACCAAAAGGUGGAGAAUGAGAUGAAGAUUAUGCGCAAGGUGCAUCAUCCCAACAUUGUGCGAUACAUGGAAAACUUUGACUGGGACGAUCGACUACUCAUCAUCAUUAUGGAGUUUGUGCCUGGAGGGGACCUUGGAAAACACAUCGUAGAUUAUGGCCCAUUUAAUGAAGAAGACUCAAGGACAAUGGCCCAGCAGCUGCUGAGUGCACUCGCCUACUUACAUCGCAAUAACAUUACCCAUAGAGACGUCAAGCCAGACAACAUAUUGAUCAAUACGCUUCAGCCACUGGACGUCAAGCUCACCGACUUUGGCCUUUCAAAGAUGGUGGACACUGAGCAAACAUUCCUCAGGACCUUUUGCGGCACACUGCUUUACUGUGCACCAGAGGUGUAUACCGAGUAUGUGGAGUACAACCAUGCCGUGGACAUCUGGUCUCUAGGUGGCGUCCUCUUUUAUUCGAUGACGGGGCAACCUCCAUAUCCAGUCAAAAGCGGCAUCAGCUAUUCCGAGCUGCUGCAUAAAAUCAUGACGGAGAUGCUGGACAUCCGACCGUUGGAUCAAUAUUCCAUUUCCUCAAGCGGUAUCGACUUCCUCUGCCGCAUGCUUCAGAGAAGACCGGAGAACCGUGCGACAGUAGAGGAGCUUGAUGACCAUCCAUGGCUGGCCGGUACAACUAUUGAGGCCUCGCAGUCGUUUGAUGAAAUUACCGACGACGAAGACUACUUAGAUCCGCUGAUCCAGUACCAGGCACAUGAGAAUGCGGAUGAGGAUGACCGAGUGAGCGAUUCCAUGGGGGAAGAGGAGGAAGAAGGGGGCAAUGCAAAGGGAAAAGGAAAGGAGAACGGAAACUAUACGUUUGGCCGAGGCACGCAACCUCGCCUCUUUGGAGAAGUUGGCGCUUCCGCCUUUGUCAACUCUGGAGCCGUACCAGAGCAGCAUCUCAACCUGCCCGUCACGAACAGGAAUGGAGUGAGCGGCAGCAGUGGUGGCAGCAGCAGCAACUUUGAAAGCCAAGUAGACGAAGCCUACGAUUCUGGGGAUUCUGCCGCAACUCUCGUUAAGCACCGCCGUAUCUUCCGACAAGACACAAGCGUGUCCAUUGCCCCCCAUCAGUCUGCUGACCAGUUACAAAGUCUGGUGGAAGAUGUCGCUUCGCAGAACCUGAAUGGCACCGGAUCGGUGAUACGGCACGUGGAAUCGUCGUCACUCUACUUGACUGCAGCAUCAAUGGACUUCAACACGAGCAAGCGCAAACCCCCGUCGGUUGAAGCCAGCGACGAAUUCGAUAGCACGCCUACCGGGAAGCCGACCAUCAAAAGGCUAAAGUCCGAGGUGUACUCCGACGACCUUUCCGAGGAGGCCGUCGAGGAGUGCAAGCUGCUGGCUCGCAUGCCGCCGAUUCAGAGAUCGGGAUCUGGCCGUCAGAUCGACGGGCCGGUAAGCAAGCAGCUCUUUUGGGAGCAAGACCGCAAGACGUGGCACCUCAACUAUCCCGAGAUGACGCAGCUUCAAUACCAGGCGUUUGUCCAAGCUGCGCGCGACAGGGGCGAACAGUUUAGUCCGGGCAAGACACCUCUGUGGAACUUGGCGAUGAAGUACUUUCCGCCUGUUGGCUCGGCAGAGAAGCAGAAUGGCCAAAUCAACUCGCCGAUUGUGGGCCAGUCUUCCGACGAGGAUGUCGCCAUGGAUUUCCCUCCAACUGCCAUACAGCCUGAUGAGGACGCCGAGCCUUUCAUCCCAGAUUCACAGAAUCUCGUGGUUCCUGGGAUCUCAUGUCCCAUGACGGACUCGCUAGUAUCAUUUGGCCGUGGCCUGGAAAACACCAUCGUCUACGAGGAAAGGACUGACACAAGAGUGCCGAAGUGGGCCUUCAAGAUUCUCCUAUGGAAAGAGGGCUAUGAUCCCGCCAAGGACACGACCAAGACGCCUCCUCCCUGGGCCAAGGACUCUACACCAGACAAAGACUCCUACUUCUGCUGGAUCUCAUCUAAAGCUACCAAUGGGAUCCAUAUAAACGGACAUGCCCUUCCGUCCUCCGAUGUAAAGAACCCUGCAUCAGCCUCAGUACACUGGGCAAAACUGUACGCCGGAGACACCCUCCUCGUAUGGGGCACCCCGGACACUCAACUCCAGACAAAGUUUGUCUUCCGCUGCUUCUGGGGCGGCUCGGCUCUCCCACGCCCAGAUCAACAGGGGCUCGAGUUCGCGGACGCUUCCUUAGCAGAGAAGCUCGACGCCGCCUGCCUGCGCACGGAGAAGCGCAUCCGCGACGUCAGCGACAAGCUCGCCGAGAAGCGCAGCAGGAUCAACGACGCAAAGGCCGAGGACAGGGAGCGCGUUCGGCGGCUCGACUUUGAGCGCGAGAGGAGCCACGCCUUUGAGCAGAACCGGCUCGAGGCCAUUGAGCUGCUGGCCUCGAGGCAGGGCACCUCGUCGAGAAAAGGCUCGCCUGGUAGCGUGGUGACGCCGACAACCAUGUAUCAUUCGAAUAGGCUGCAGUCGACUAUGAUUCGGCUGAGUCCGGAGAAGGAUACCCUGCGGUCGGUUCGAUGA